ACUAAUCAGGCAUGCGUAAUGAGUCGGUUGCCAUGGUUACAAUUUGAUUUCUAUCCAAGAUGGCGGCGGGUCUAGACGUGAAAAUAAACACAGAUCACGAUCCUUGAAGACCAUAUAUCUCAGUUGCUGGCCACGUUUUCCCCAUAAAGGGCAGUUUAUAAGAUCAACGGACGUCACUAGCAGAAAGGCGUUGCCAUGGCCGAGCCACAGCCGGAGGAUGACCUGCUCAAGUCGCUGGAGUCCAAGUUCUCGGCCAUGUUUGACUACACGCAGUGGCAGAGAACCAGAGCUGCAGUCGCCAGUGCCAAGUCAACCAAGACUAACAAAACUGUAAAGAGUCAGGCUACCUCAUCCCGAGUCACACCAGAUGAAACCUUGGACACACGGACAGUUGGCACAGCCUGCUCCUCCACAUGUAAGCACUCCUGGAACAGGAAGGACCUGUACCACAUACUGGAUGAGAAGGCAGCAAAGGAAGCCAAAAAGAAGGAAAUAGAAGACAAUAUCAUGAAGAUGAGAAUAAAAGCAAGAAUGCAAACCGUGGAUGAGUACACCAAGAGAUACGAGUAUUUAUUGUCAGAAAAUAAAAAGUUGCAAGCAGAAAUUCAGGGAACAGAAAAACAGACUCAUAGAGACACAACAAAACUCCUUAGAAAAUAUGAGAAGUGUCGGGGGGCAGUAUCUACAAUCAAUAGCAAGUUUCACCAGGACCUGGAGUCAGCCCAGGCAGAUCUCGAGGAGACAACAGAGAGGCUGAACAGGGAUCUUGAAAAUCUUCAUGGUGAGCUGAGGGCAGUAGAACACAGACUUAAGUUGAAACAGGAGGAACUCCAUGUACUGGUCACAUACAAGGACAAGGAGUACCCAUCUAAGGCUCUGAAAAUAUCAGGGCUUGAGACGGAACUUAAAGACUUGGCUGCAGAGCAAGAGGAGGAGUUGUCUGAGUUGAACAGAAUCAUCCACAUCGAGAGAACAAGUUUUGAGAGGCAGAAGGUUGCAGAUAACCAGGCUAUGACUUCCAAUGUCACAGAGCUGAUACACCAGGCCCUAUCUGACAACCCUGAUGCCCAGAAAUCCAUAUCAGCCAUGCACGGCAGCCUGAAGGACAUGGCCUUACAGAACGCUGUCAUGAAGAAAGAGAUAGAGGUGCAUCGUGGGGAGAGGGAAACCUUGAAGCAGGACAUCUUGCUCCUGGAAGCUGAGCUAAAACAGCUCAUCAAGGAUCCCAAGUCACAAGUCCUUCAGCAGAUCUUCCCCCACUUUUUCCCAAAGGAACCAAAAUGUACCCCAGACAUGGAUGUGGUCCUGGACAUCCCCACACAGGAGUACCUACCUAUCUAGAAGGGCAAUUGAUAGCAGUUUUUUUAUAGUAUAAAAAUGUGUGGAUAGCAAUGUGAAAAUUUGCUAGAUUUAACUCAGUGAAAAUUAUAUAAUGGAUAUUUGUACAUGCUUGAUUAUUUUGACUACAUAUCACUAGAUAUUAUUGGUACUAAAUCAGCUGCUAUAUUGUUUUAAUUCUGAAGAAAGAAUACCGUCCAAAAUUAUACUAAUGCAGUAUGACUAAUGCUUUUAAGAAAUGCAAUCAAAUUUUUAAAGAUAUUUUUAAGUAAGAGAGCAUUUUUUUCAGCAUCAUUCUAUCUGAAAUGCUCAAAUGUAAAUAUGAUAGAUAAUAUACCAUUUCAUAUUUUUGUUGUGAGAGCCAGUUUUCCAACAAUUUUUCAGGGGGAAAAUUUGUUACAUGUAAUUUGUGUUACAUAUCAUACAGGUAUAUAUGCUGAAAGCAAUAAAUUCAUGUGUUCACAGAAAAAAUCACCUUGUCAUCGUCUCCUUUGACUGAUAAUAAAUAUCAUAUGGAGAUAAGAGAAUAUUAAUACCAAAUAUCAAAGACUUGUCCCCUAUCUGUGCAAGAUUGAUACCUUCUGGCCUGUUUCCUAAAAGUAUAGAAUGAAGAUCUGAUCAUUCAUGUUGAGAACCAUAAUGCCAAUCUG